CACAUACUUUUCUUACCCGGGCACUCCCCCAAAACACCGCCUAACGCCUCUACUUUGUGAAGAAGAUGUGGGCUCGAGUUUCACGUUCGUUGUGGAGGGGGCAGACCAGCCUUGCUAGGCUGCUCCAUACUACUCCCAGAGCUUCUGCAAUAGGAUUUGAGUUGACUUCAGAGCAGCAAGAGUUCCAGAGGCUGGCGGCCAAGUUUACACAAGAAGAGAUCAUCCCGGUGGCUGCCGAGUAUGACAAAACCGGAGAGUAUCCGUGGGGCGUUGUGAGGAAGGCCUGGGAGCUGGGGCUCAUGAAUGUGACCGUUCCUCCGGAGUAUGGUGGACUUGGUCUCCAGCUGUUGGACGAGGUGAUAGUGGCAGAAGAGACUGCCUAUGGCUGUACUGGAAUAACCACUGCCUUGGCCACCAACAUGCUAGCUGGAGCCCCGGUGCACGUGGCUGCAAAUCACGAUCAGAAAAAGAGGUUUCUCGGGAGAAUGACCGAGGAACCACUGCUUGCUGUACUUCGUAUUGACUCGGACGGGAGAGAGAGAAUGAGCCAGCCAGCAGUGCCUUCACCGCCUUCCUGGUGGAGGGAGACAGCCCUGGACUUACCAAGGGCAAGAAGACUGAGCCAACAACGAGCUGUUAAUGCAUGGAGUAAGUUGUAUGUAAGUUCUGCCAAAGCAGUGAGGACCUUUGACCAAGAGUGGAACAUGGGUCAAAGGGCAUCCAACACAUCUGCUCUCUCCUUCGAAGACGUAGUUGUCCCUGAAGAGAAUGUUCUGGGUGAACCAGGGAAGGCGUUCUACUAUGCCAUGGGAGCCUUUGACAAGACUAGACCUGCUGAACCCUACUAUUUGGGGGUCAAAGUGUCCCCUGGGAACCAUAUUCAGGGGGACAUUAAUGAAGAGAUAGAGGGACUGUAUGUCCCCCUGGUGUGCUCUGGGGCCAGCCCUGCAGAUGUGGCAAUGGGAGCAGUGGGCCUGGCAAGAAGAGCUAUGGACGAGGCCACCAAGUAUGCCCUGGAGAGAUAUGCCUUUGGCAAACCCAUCUUCCAGUACCAGGCAGUGUCUCAGAUGCUGGCAGACAUGGCCAUUGGAAUAGAGGCAUCUCGUCUCCUGGUCUACAGAGGGGCCUGGGAGGCAGAUCAGGGCCGCAGGAACACUUACUAUGCCUCUCUCGCCAAGGCCCUCGCUGCCGAUGUCGCCAACAAGUCUGCAGCAGAUGCCGUGCAGAUUUUUGGUGGAGCUGGCUUCAACUCAGAGUAUCCAGUUGAGAAGCUGAUGCGAGAUGCAAAGAUCUUUCAGAUAUACGAGGGCACAUCGCAGAUACAACGAGUCAUCAUCUCCAGAUUCCUGGCUGAUGCAAUGAAGAGCAAAAUGUGA